ACGCCCACAGCCCACGGCCAUUAGUUGCUAGCCGAGCAUUUUGGCUCUGCCCCCAUCGCCCACAAGUGAUUGACAUGGUCGUACUUCUUCAUCAUCCCUGCAAAUCAACCGGCACCCAAUUCUUCUCAUCUCCUAGCUAGCCACCUACCUCUGGGUGUGUGUGUCUGCAUGGAUAAAUCAUAAUUGGAUUGCUGGAUUCGAUGCUGUGGAUGAGCUUCCCCUCCCUCUAUCCGAUCCAUCACUCCACCGCUCCCCUAGCUUCCUCCUAUCCACCGUCUCCUCCUACCUCGCCUCAGCUAGCUAGCACCACUAGAAACUAGUAGUAUCAAUUGCUAUUUCAGCUGGAAGACUCUCCCAAUCUUGAUCCAUUCCUUCCGAUUCUUGCCGGGUUGAUCGAUCUCGGGACGAAGAACAGCACGCAGAUCAUUUUGCACGUUGAUGCGUCCAAGCGGUCUGAUUGCAAAAGAUAAAGAUGAAGAGCAGCAGCAAUCUCGAGGCCUUUCUCCAGGCCGCCACGCCCCUGCUCCCAUGGCGCUCCGCCACCAUGGAACGCUUCCAGGGCGCGCCCAGCAGCGUGUGGCAGCAGCCGGACGGCAAGAACAAGGACGCGGUGGAGUACUUCGCCCUGUCCGACCUGUGGGAGCACUACGCCGAGAGCAGCGCCUACGGCCUCGCCGUGCCCGUCCGGGACGCCGGUGACCGCGCCGUGGUCACCACCCAGCACUUCGUCCCCUACCUCUCCGCCGUCCAGCUCUACACCGCCACAAAGCCCACCUCUCACAGCCUCGGCGCCACCUCCAGGAGCACGGGGAGCGAGACGGAUUCGUGGAGCGACGAUAGCGUAGCUGACCGGUUCGCCGGAUCAGGGUCCUCCUCCUGGGACGCCGCGUCAGACGAAGACGAUUCUUCCUCCACCUACGACGGCAACGGCUCCACCGGCGUCUCAGCGAAGCAGAGUGGGUACCUGAACUUUCAGUACAGGGAGUGGGACUCGCCCUAUGAGAGGGUGCCGCUGGCUCACAAGGUGGCGGAGCUGGCUCACGAUUACCCGUGCCUCAUGUCGCUCAGCAGCGCGGAGCUCUCGCCGUCCAGCUGGAUGUCCGUGGCAUGGUACCCAAUCUAUCACAUCCCUGCUUAUGUCAACCUGAAGGGGUCCUCCGCCUGCUUCCUCACCUACCAUUCCAUCUCAUCGGUCUUUCAAGACAACAUACACAACGGACCGGAGCACGACGAUGGUGAGAUCGCCGCGCUCUCGCCGUUCGGGCUGGCCACGUACCGGAUGCAAGGGGAUUUGUGGAGGAGGCCAGGGUCAUCCGACCCCAGGAGGCUGUCUGAGCUCCAUUGGGCAGCGUCCUCCUGGUUGAAGCAAGUCGGUGCGCACCACCCCGACUUCACUUUCUUCACGUCGUCUCACCGUCAAUGACACGGCACCCCAUAGAUUUUGCCGGUGUUUCUAUGGCAUUGCACAUGACAAUGUGAAGAUAUGACACCAAAAACAUCAUGUAGGAUUUGGUAGAACAACAUGAACUGGAUAUUUCUUCUUUCUGAACUUGCAGGAAGAUACAAUAACCUAUUGCAUCGACCUGUGUGGAUCGGAUUAGGUGUCGGACUGCAUGCUCUGUUUUUUGUUCAUCGACGGGCAUGAUAUAGUUGUAACACAACAUUUUCAUAGAAAUGCAGCUCAUGAAAUGCGACGUCGAUGCAUAUAGUUUGGCAA